AUGUGGUGGGGCGCGUGCGCGCUGGUGAUGGGAUUCGCCGUGCUGGUGCGCCUCUGCACCGGACUGCACCCAUACUCUGGCAUGCACACGCCGCCAAAGUACGGCGACUACGAGGCGCAGCGGCACUGGAUGGAGAUCACGGUGCACCUGCCGCCCGCUCGCUGGUACCGCAACUCCACCAGCAACGACCUCGCCUGGUGGGGGCUGGACUACCCCCCGCUCACCGCGUGGCAGAGCCGCAUGCACGGAUGGGUGAUGCACCGCCUGUGCCCUGAUGCUGUUGCCCUGGGGUCGUCGAGGGGAUAUGAGUCGAAUUACAGCAAAAUGCUGCUGCGAUGGACGGUGCUCUCCACGGACCUGCUUGUCUUCUUCCCCGCUGCCCUCGCCUUCGCCUGCUCGCCCUUCCUGCGCCGCCUCUCCCCAUCCGCCUCUCGCCCUGCAUCCCACCACCUGUGGUUGCUCGCGAUGCUGCUGCUGCAGCCGGGACUCAUACUCAUUGACCACGGCCACUUCCAGUACAACAGCAUCAGCCUGGGGUUGUCGCUAGGGGCAGCAACGGCCGUCAUGUCUCGGCGCUACCUGCUGGGCAGUGCACUCUUCUCCCUCGCCAUCAACCACAAGCACAUGGCGCUCUACUUCGCGCCGGCCUUCUUCGCACAUCUGCUGGGUCGCUGUCGCCAGUCGCCCCGCCCCGCACUCAUGUUCCUCUCGCUCGCUGCCACCGUGCUGCUCUCCUUCGCAGCCUGCUGGUGGCCCUUCCUGCACUCCACCGACGCCACCCUCCAGGUGCUAACACGGCUCUUCCCCCUGGGUCGAGGCCUGUACGAGGACCACGUGGCCAACUUCUGGUGCGCCACAUCGCCGCUCAUCAAGUGGAAGCGCCUCUUCUCCACGCCUCUGCUCGCUCGCAUGGCGCUCGCUGCCACCGUCACUGCCGCCCUGCCCUCCAUGCUGCACCAGGUGCUGCGGCCGUCAGCACACGGUUUGGUACUGGCCAUGCUCAACUCCUCCCUUGCCUUCUUCUUCUUCGCCUUCCAAGUGCAUGAAAAGUCCAUUCUGCUGCCUUUACUCCCCACAUGCAUGCUAGCCCUGCACCACCCGCGCCUGCACCGCUGGCUCUCCACCGUGGCGCUCUUCAGCAUGUUCCCUCUGCUGCUCCGCGACCGCCUCGAGCUCGCCUACACAGCGCUGCUCGCACUCUUCCUCCUGCUCUCCCCCCCUCCCUCCUCCUCCUCCUCCCCCUCCUCCACUGCUGCCCCACCCACAUCGGCACCAUCGGCCCAUCAACAACACCAUGACCUCAGACAGCGCCUCUUGACCUUCCUCCACGCCGCAUGGGCAAGCACACAGCGAUAUGUGGUGCCGCCGCUGCUGGUGGCCGCAGCAGCCCUGCACUAUGCGGAGGUGGCGCUGCCUGCGCCUGCGCGCUUCCCGUACCUGUACCAGGCGCUCAUUGUGACGCUGGCGUUUGUGUGCCUGGUGCCCGUGAUUGUGGUCAGCAACCUGUGGCAAUGGGGUGUGCCUGGGGAUGGGUUUCGGUUGGAGGAGGGUGAGAGGGACGGGGGCAGGAGUAGCAAGGGGAGUAAAGGGGGUAAGGGGGGUAAGAAGAAGCACGAGUAG